AUGGAUGGCCGCAGUGAGCGUCUCUGCAACCAGUUUUUCCUGGUUCACCAAGCGACAUCAUCGGAGGUAGAGCGGGUCAACAUUGACUACAAUAAUCCACAGAUUGUACUAAGGACCAAGCCGUAUCUGAUCUCGCCAGAAAUGGUCCAGAAAUUCUGCCAUAGCGUUGGGAAUGCCAUGGUCCAGUAUAGGCAUCGCCCUGGCCAUCAAGCACAGGCACCGAUGGACAUCCUGUUCAAUAUCGCCUGGCCGAAAAUUGUUUCUAUCCUAUCGGCACCGCCAUAUGAUGCUGGAAUAUUGGAUCUGGUCCACCUGUCGAACAAGACAGAACUAUAUAACGACAAUAUGCUGCACACUGGUGACUCGGUUGAGGCCAAGGUCCAACUUGCAUCUGUAUACAACACCAGGGCUGGCAGGAAAAUGCGCUUUGUAGCAAAAUUCUACUGUGGCAGCACCCAAGUAGGUACAGUGUAUACUGAUGCUCUGGUUCGCAAGAAUCCAGUUCUGCCACAUCAGCAGUUCCGCAAUACCACCGAGCAUAUGUACCGGUGUAUGUACAAAUCUGUCGAUGACGUUGCUGUGCUCAACUCGAAACCCUGGUUUGUAUGCAAGGAACCCUCAAAACACCAGGUUGUUUCAGGGUCGGUUUUGGAGUUUGAACUGGAAUCCUCAUAUCGUUACCGGACAGACGUCAUGUACUCGCAUGUUGCUAGCACCGGGCCAGUGUACCUGGUACAGCCAAAUAACAAGCGGCUGCUCAUUGCGCAUGUUGACUACGAAGAUGCUGAGGUUGCUGGGAGUUCGGUGGUUGAGUAUCUUGAAAACAACUCUGCGUCGCUCAGCGAGAGCUGCAUGUUCGACACAGGUGGCUACAGUAUCACUGCACCCGAGGGUGAUUUGGGUAUGUCAGUAACUGCACCAACAGAUAACUGGGUAUAUGCACGUGCAUCUGGGGACUACAACACGAUCCACACGAAUCCAUACAUCGCUGACUAUGUUGGACUACCAGACACGAUUGUGCAUGGAAUGUGGACCUCUGCAUCGACCAGAGCACUGGUAGAGAAAUACGUUGCUGACAGUAUCCCUGAGCGUGCGCUUGGGGCAGCCGCGCUUUUGCUCUCUCCUGUCAUGGCUCUGAACUUUAAUUCCGACAUCCACUACACGCCGUACGUCGACGAGUCGGAUCUCGACCCAGCCAUCAAGCUCAUCGAGAGCGGACUGUCCGAACCAUACUCGAUCUACACGUACCGCUAUUUUGUGCAGCAGUGGCCCGAGCUGUGCCUGCUGGCGCGCAACGAGCACGAAAAAUGUGUUGGCGUUAUCAUCUGCAAGCUCGAGCCCCACCGGCGCGGUGCCGACACGUUUUUUGACCCCGGCAAGUCGUCCCUCUUGCGCGGCUACAUCGGCAUGGUCGCUGUCGACCACGCCUACCGCAAGCGCGGCAUCGGCUCCACCCUGGUUCUCAACGCAAUCGACAUCAUGAAGCGCAUGGGUGCCGACGAGGUUAUCCUCGAGACCGAAACAAAGAACAAGGGCGCGCUCUCCUUGUAUGAGGCCGUCGGCUUCGUCAGGGAGAAGCGUCUCUGCAGAUACUACAUGGACGGCUCGGAUGCCUUCAGGCUCAAAAUGUGGAUCGGCAAGCCAGAGCCACCAUUGUCGCCAUAAGUAUUCAGCGGUACUUCGUCG